CUUGAAGGAUAAGUUAGAAGAAUACAUGGCCCGAUUUUCCAAAGUGAGGAUUGUUCGUACCAAGAAAAGGGAAGGGCUCAUCCGGACUCGACUUUUGGGGGCCUCAAUGGCGAGAGGAGAAGUCCUGACAUUCCUCGACUCCCACUGCGAGGUUAAUGUGAACUGGCUGCCCCCACUCCUUAACCAAAUUGCACUAAACCACAAAACCAUCGUGUGCCCUAUGAUCGAUGUCAUUGACCACAACCACUUUGGGUAUGAGGCACAAGCUGGGGAUGCCAUGCGAGGAGCCUUCGAUUGGGAAAUGUACUACAAAAGAAUCCCCAUUCCUCCAGAGCUCCAGAGGGCAGAUCCCAGUGACCCGUUUGAGUCCCCUGUUAUGGCUGGAGGUCUGUUUGCUGUGGAUCGAAAAUGGUUUUGGGAAUUGGGUGGCUAUGAUCCAGGUUUAGAAAUCUGGGGAGGAGAACAGUAUGAAAUCUCUUUUAAGGUUUGGAUGUGUGGAGGAGAAAUGUUUGAUGUUCCCUGUUCUAGAGUUGGUCAUAUCUACAGGAAAUACGUCCCUUAUAAAGUUCCAUCUGGGACCAGCCUGGCAAGAAACCUGAAGCGGGUUGCUGAGACCUGGAUGGACGAAUUUGCCGAGUACAUUUACCAGCGGCGCCCAGAGUACAGGCACCUCUCCACAGGGGACAUCUCAGCUCAGAAGGAGCUGCGCAAGCAGCUCAAGUGCAAGGACUUCAAGUGGUUCAUGGCUGCCGUGGCCUGGGACGUGCCUAAGUACUACCCCCCGGUGGAGCCCCCACCUGCUGCCUGGGGGGAGAUUCGAAAUGUGGCAGCAAAUCUCUGUGUGGACAGCAAGCACGGAGCUAUGGGAACAGAGCUGAGGCUGGACACCUGUGUCAAGGAUGGUUCUGAAAGGACGUGGUCUCAUGAACAGCUCUUUACCUUUGGAUGGAGAGAAGACAUUCGACCUGGUGAGCCAUUGCACACUCGGAAAUUCUGCUUUGAUGCAAUCUCAUACAAUAGCCCGGUCACGCUCUAUGACUGCCAUGGUAUGAAGGGAAACCAGCUCUGGGGAUACCGACAGGACAAAACAUUGUUCCAUCCUGUGAGCAACAGCUGCAUGGAUUGUAAUCCCGCAGAGAAGAAAAUUUUCAUGGCCAGAUGUGACCCUCUAUCUGAGACUCAGCAGUGGAUUUUUGAACAUAGGAAUAUGACUGUUUUAGAAAAAUUUAACCACCAUACCAGCUCCUAGAAAGGAAGAAGAAGAAAGAAAGAGUGAUUACCUACAGAUUACAAACUAAAUUUUGGCCGGCAUCUGGGUCAAAGGAGUCAGGAAUAUCAUUUCCUAGAUCCAGGAAGCCUGGUUUGAAGAUGUAUAAAGGCCAUAUUUAAGUAGGUUGUCCUGAAGAACUUCCUGCAUUUGAAGAACUUGGCUGAGAACCUCACCAGCUGCUUCUGAGAGCUUGAGACUAGCAGUUCCCUUGCUGGCCAAGGGCAAAGAUUAUUUAGAGACUUUUCAAAACAACUGCUGAGUUAAUAAAUCCUAGCAUUUCUCAGGUCAAAUCCUGCAGUAGUGAGUAGCUAUGAAUGGAUCCUAUUAAUUGGGUGGGAGGGGGGUGGAAAUAGAGUGCAUGACUGCUCUGACAGCCUACGGAUACCACAGGUUUAGAACUAGACACAAGGGGUGAGCUGUACUCUUUGGUGCCAUUCUCUGACUAAGAAUGGGUUAAGCAGGUUUAACCCUUAAAAGUGCUGCAGAUGAUUUUAGAGUGCUCAUACCAUUCUGUGUUCUUUUACUUUGAAACAAGGGGGUGAUAAGGAUUUAAGAUGUUAAGACUUAAACUACAUCAUGAAAUGGACUUUUGGUGUUCCCAUUCUUUCAUUUACAUUUAUCUCUUUUUUUUCUUUUACAGCAGAGGUAACUUAUUGUUUAUAAAGUUCAUGCUCCAUAAAUCAGCUAAAAUUCUAAUUCAGUGCCCUUGUAUGAAUCCAGUUAAAUAAAUUAAAAAAAAAAAAAACUAUGCUACCAAGUUCCUCCAAAGAGAAAGAUUUCACAGAAGCAGCAAAACCGUAUAAUGUGUAAGAGAAAGAUUUCUCUAGAAAAUCUAUUUUUACUUUUCUAUUAUUUUUUAAAAUUUAAGAGUUUGAUGUUUGUCCAGCCAUAAAUUUUAUUAAGAAAGGAAAUGGAGUGAGAUUGAUGUAAUUUGCUUAGGAGAUUCUUAAACCCAAAUAAAUCUACACUCCAAGUGGCGUGUGAAAUGGCUUGAUUUACUUGAAUUCUGUUUCAUCAGGGUUGGGGAGUUGGAAGUGGUUUGUUUGGUUGGUUGGUUUCUUGUUUGUUUGUUUUAUAUUACUGAUGUUAAUGACAUCAUUGCUGCUUUAUUUGGAAGCACAUAGAAGGAAUUUCCAUUAAUAAAGUGUUUCAGACACCAUUUUCAAUUACUGGGACAAUAUUUCAGAGGUGAACAAAGGAAUGAUUAGAAAAAUAAAUGGAACAUUUAAUCCUUAAAGUAGUUUUUUACUUUCCAGUAAUGAUAGUGUCAGGGGAGGAGAUGGAGAUGUCAAGAUGAGUCUUUGGAGGAAAGAAUCAUAUUCAUUACACAUUUCUCAAAUUUUUCAAGUAGAAAACAAUUUUCACUUUGCUCUUGAUUUUUUUUUUUAAUAUGAUUGUCCUGUUAAUAAAAAUUUAUAUA